AAAACUGGACAGUGGACACAAGUCACUGCUAUCCGAAACGUUUCGUUUGUCUUUUCUGAGAGAAACAAAGAAAAUGUCAGAAACGCCGGUAAUCCGAUUCGGCGUGAUAGGAUGCGCCGACAUAGCCCGGAAAGUAUCACGCGCCAUCAAACUGGCUCCUAACGCCACACUCCACGCCAUCGGCAGCCGCUCCAUCGACAAGGCCCGGCGCUUCGCCGCCGCCAACGGCUAUCCGGAGGACGCCAAGGUGUACGGCUCCUACGAGGAGGUUCUGGACGAUCCCGAGGUGGACGCCGUGUACGUUCCUCUGCCGACGAGCCUGCACGUGCGUUGGGCCGUGGUUGCAGCUCAGAAGGGGAAGCACGUGCUGCUUGAGAAGCCCGUGGCCUUGAAUGCGUCUCAGUUCGAUGAGAUCAUUCGGGCCUGUGAAUCCAGUGGGGUGCAGCUCAUGGAUGGUACCAUGUGGAUGCACCACCCUAGGACCAAUCAGAUGAAGGAUUUUCUCUCCGAUGCGCACCGUUUUGGCCAGCUCAAAUCGAUUCAGACCUUUUUUACAUUUGCUGCUGAUCCUGAUUUCCUGGAGAACGACAUUCGCGCAAAGCCGGAUCUUGAUGCUCUUGGUUCCCUUGGCGAUGAAGGUUGGUAUUGUGUUAGAGCAAUCCUGUGGGCUGCCAACUAUGAAUUACCGAAAACUGUAAUUGCCUCGCGCAAUCCUGUGUUCAACAAAGCAGGGGUGAUAAUGGCUUGUGGCGCAUCGCUGCACUGGGAAGACGGUAAAGUGGCAACCUUCUAUUGCUCCUUCAUGGCCAACUUGGCAAUGGACAUAACUGCCGUUGGAACAAAAGGAACUCUGCAUGUUCAUGACUUUAUCAUCCCUUAUGAAGAAAAAGAGGCAUCGUUUUAUGCAGCUUCUGAGUCAGGUUUUGAUGACCUUGUGACAAAAUGGGCUUCUCAGCCAAGCAAGCAUACAGUAAACACUGAUCUCCCUCAGGAGGUUCUUAUGGUAAGAGAGUUUUCGCAGUUGGUGACCGAAAUCAAAUUCAAGAACUCGAAACCUGAGAUGAAGUGGCCAACAAUUAGUAGGAAAACACAGCUGGUCUUAGAUGCUGUGAAGGCUUCAAUUGAAAAGGGCUUUGAGCCUGUUCAAAUUGAAGAAUGAAGGAGCUUGUACCUUGCUGCUUAAGUCACGCUUAUUUUUUCCUUCAUUCUGUUCGAGACAUUGCAAAAAUCUGUUCUUAAAAACAUUGUGAACUCGUUGCUUGUGUAUUUCAAUGGUGGUGAUGGUGAAUGAACACAACUUUCAUUGUUUACUGUUUUCA